UGGUGAGAAAUCCCCAACGCGAGGAUCUGUAUCGCGUAUGUGUCAAUUCGUUUAUUUAAAUAUAGAUUACAAGUGCACUUAAACAAACAGAAAAACAGGGGGAAAAAGAAAAACAAGUGAUUAACUGGCUGAUAAGCAGCCCGACGUGACGUACUCGUGUGGAUUAAUAAUUGAGCUGAUAGCCGGCAGAUAGCGGAUAGCAGAGACCAGAUAGCAGAUAGCAGAUAUAGGAGAUAUAGCUGAGCGGCCGGAGCAAUGGAGUCCAUGGAGUACGAGAUGGCACGCAACAUGACGCUGCUCUUCUUCCUGGAGCGGCUGCUGGACAAGGGCGAGCCCCGCACCGUCCACGAUCUCUCCUGCCAGUUUGGCAACAAGGAGUUCACCAAGGAGAUGCGACAAAUCGCCGGGGGCAGUCAGUCGGGUCUGAAGAAAUUUCUCGCCCAAUACCCGGCAAUAUUUCUGGUCGACGGUGAUUAUGUCCAGGUGAACGCCUAUCAGCACCAUAACGCGGAUGACGGCGGCUGCGGGGGCAAGCGGGAUUACAUCCAAGAGGCUAAAGACUACUUCAAGAACAAGAUGCUGCAGUACGGCUCGGCUGCCGAGGUCCCUGUUCGCAGUCUCCUGGGCCACAGGUCGCAGGCGUCGCCGCAAGUGCGCCACAUAUCGGGUCAACACAUCAAGGAGUUCACUGACUUUCUGAUGAAGCACACGGAUACCUUCAAGGUGACGGACGACUAUGUGAUGCUGGUGGGCUGCGAGAACAUGACGGAUCUGCCGGCGCGGGAUCGCCUCCACCUGCCGCAAUCGAACAUCGACACCCGGGGAACGCAACAGAUGCUCGAUUUCUUUGCCCAGUGCAUCGAGGUCAAGGGGCCGUUGCUGGUGGAUCAACUGUUCCAUCUGCUGACCACCAACUUUCCGCAGGACCAGUGGCUGCGCAUGUUCAAGACGCCGGGCGAUCUGAGCUCGUUUCUCAAGCUCUUUGCGGACUGCUUUCACAUACAGGCCAAUCUAGUCACGCUGCUGCAGAAGCCUAAGCUCAGCGAUACGCACAUCCAGCAGGCACAGGCUCAGACGCGGGAGCAGUUCAAUGCGCUGAACAAUAAUAAUAGUGCCAGCACUCGAAAGCAGGAAUCGGGAGUGGGAACUGGAGGAGUUGGAGGAGGAGCUGGAGGAGUGGGAGCCAUCAGUUCGGUGCAGCAGAGAUUGCAAUCGCCGGCUCUGCGGAGUAAUGGUCACACGAACAACAAUAACGGAAGCAAUGGCAGUAAUAAUAACAACAACAGCAUAGCUUGCCCCAAUUUCAAGCUGAAUGCGCCCGUUUCGAAUGUUAUGGGUCAGAGCCAAAGCUUUGGGCAGCCGAAAUCGGAGCCAAGCUCUGGCUUCGACAGCUAUGUGCCCAUGUCGGAGCUGAAGCUGGAGAAUCUGUGCGAGAACAACUAUCCCAGUGCGAACACCUGCUACGGGCCCAUUAAUAACUCAGCCCAACAGCAACUGCAGACGCAGCAGCAGCAGCAGCCACUGCAGACGACACAGAAUCCGGCCGAGCAGCGGCUGAAUAGUGUUAACCAAACCCUCAAGCAACGCAUCAACACCUUAGUUAUACGGACGCUGGCCGAAAAUCUGGAGAAGGAUAAGCAAUCGCUGGCCAAUCAGCAGGUGGGGUCAACUUCCCCGCACGCCAGUCCCGUGCAUUCCAUUGCCAAUUCGAGUUCUAACCAAAAUGCCAGUACGGCGGCAAACAACGCCAAUAGCAACUCGAGUUCCAAUCCGAAUCCGAACAAUGCCAACCACUCACCUAGUCAUAGUUACUUUGUCGGCGACACCUGGAAGAUAAAGGUGCUGCAGAACACCACGGUGAUAGCGAAUGUCAAGCAAUCGGUGUUCGUUACCGACAUCAUACUCAAGUACGCGGCCAAGAACGAGAACAUAGUGGUCUCCCUGGACUGCGAGGGCAUUAAUCUGGGCCUCAAGGGCGAGAUCACCUUGAUUGAGAUCGGAACAACGCGCGGCGAAGCCUUUUUGUUCGAUGUGCAAUCCUGCCCGGCAAUGGUCAGCGAUGGAGGUCUUAAGACCGUGCUGGAGCACGACCAGGUGAUCAAGGUGAUACACGACUGCCGCAACGAUGCUGCCAACUUGUACCUGCAGUUUGGCAUUCUGCUGCGAAAUGUGUUCGACACACAGGCCGCACAUGCCAUCCUGCAGUAUCAGGAGAGCGGCAAGCAGGUCUACAAGGCCAAGUACAUAUCGCUGAACUCGCUGUGCGAGCAGUACAACGCCCCCUGCAAUCCCAUUAAGGAUCAGCUGAAGCAGAUCUACCGAAGGGAUCAGAAGUUCUGGGCCAAGCGACCGCUCACGCGGGAAAUGAUGCUGUACGCAGCGGGAGAUGUCCUGGUGCUGAUUCACGACCAGUUAUUUGGGAAUCUGGCACGGCAAAUAAAGUCGGAGAAUCGAGCCCUAUUUUCGGAGCUGUGCACCGAGCAGAUACUCAUGCAGAUCAAGCCCAACGAGGUGAAGAUACGCAAGAAGCAGCGAAAGGUCAGCACCGAGGUGUCCGAUCUAAAACAGAAGUUGGCCCAGACCAGCAAGAGCAUUGUGCUCUCGAAUCGCGAGAUACGCCUGCUGCGCUAUAUGGAUCUGACUGAGGACGAGAAGGAGCGCCUCAAGGGCUACUACAAGGUGGCCAAAAAGCUGGAGAAAAUGGAGUCCGCCGGCAAUCCCAACAAAGACCAAAGUGACUCGGAGGAUGAGCCAGAGCCAAAUGAGAACGACACAUUUCCCAGCCUGGAUUCGGUGCCCUCGGACAACUCGCUAUCCGGCACUUUUUCGCCACGCUUCAGUUCGGAGCCACCCAGUCUCACUGAAUCUAUGCAAAUGCUGGAAGAGAUUCUGCAGAACAAGUCCAUGGAUCGCAUAGCACGUAUUGAUAAGCUGGAGGCCAUUCUGACGACUGCCACUUCGCUGCCAUGUGAACAAAUUAUAUCGUCGAAUUCCAUGCAAGAGCAAUUGGGAUCGAGCAUUGCAACCACCGAGAAUCUGCAAAUUAUUCGCGAAAAAUCCAAAAACAUCAAGAACUGCAAUUGCCAGGGCGAGCGCAGUGUGACGCCCAUUCUGCGAACGACUGACAAAAGAGUGGUGAAGCUUGUGGAUGCCGAAUCGCAGACACUGAGCACCGGAGACGUGGUCAUCACCAAGAUCUUCUUCCAGGACGAGCAUGAGCGGGCUAAGGAGGCGGCCCUGCUGAGCAGCUCGCCCACGAAGCGGGUGUCUCCCACAUAAACAUUUCAACCUUCGAACAAUGAUUCCUAACAAACAAAGCGCAGACAUAUUACGUAUUAUUAUUUUGUUUUUUAAUAGUUGAGCGGCUCGACAGUGGGCUUCUCGACGCUUUAACGACUAUGCAAUAACUUUCAUACCCAAUUGAGAAGCAAUAUAUUUUGUGCCUAGAUGUUGAACAUUGCAAUAACAAUAA